AUGGCGGGUUUAGCUGUCUGGGUGGUCGGUGGGCUUCUUGCCUACCGCAUGGCCCUAGUCGUCUAUCGAGUCUUUUUCCACCCACUGAGAAAGAUCCCGGGCCCCAAGUUGGCUGCAAUGAGCACAGCAUAUCAGUUUUACUAUGAGAUCAUAAAGCAGGGCACCUUUAUCUGGCAUUUGGAGAAGCUGCACGAGAUUUAUGGCCCUAUUGUUCGAAUCGGCCCCCGCGAAGUUCACAUCAAGGAUUCCGAAUACUAUGAGACCAUCUACGCCUCCAGUGGGCGCAGGCGUGAAAAGGAUGCGGCUAUCGUGGCACAAUUUGAUAUCCCCGGCUCGUCCUUCUCGAGCGUAAGCCCCGAGAUCCAUCGCAUGCGUCGCUCACCCGUGGAGAAGUUCUUCUCCAAAGGUGCCAUCAAUCGAACAGAACAGAAUGUACAGAAGCACCUCGACAAAUUGGUGGCUCGUCUGGAGCAGGCUCAAAAGGCACAUAAGGUGGUAGCCAUGGAUGCCGGUUUCGCUGCUAUGACAUCGGAUAUCAUUCAUGAAUACGUCUUUGGCCUUCAUACAGGUAACCUGGACCAGGAGGACUUCAAUGAGCGUAUCAGAGAUGGAGUGAACGGUCUGUUCAAGUUGGGUCACUUGUCUCGGUUCCUGCCUUGGAUCCAGCCAUUGAUGGCAACUCUGCCCCGAUUCCUGAUGGACAUGCUCAGUCCAUAUGCCUUUGCUUUGAUGGACCAGAAACAAUUCAUUCACGAUCAAGUGGUGGCAAUCCAGACUGGCCAGAACAAAGGCUCAGCGGGAUCUGUGAUGGAGAAACUCUCAGGACCUGGUCUGCCCGAUCAUUUCAAAAGUGCACGUAACUUGUCCGACGAGGGCUUUGCCUUGGUAAUCGGAGGGACUGAGACCACAGCUCGGUCUUUGUCCGUGGGAUUGUUUCAUCUCUUGAAUGAGCCGCGUCUCAUUCACAAAUUGCGCGAAGAGCUGCGAGCCGUCAUGCCGACUCCGACGAGUAAACCAACUUGGAACCAGCUGGAGCAGGUGCCUUACAUGAUGGGAGUCGUUCUUGAAACUUUCCGACUUGCUACAGGAAUCGCGAGCCGAUCGCCGCGUGUGGCUCCGUCCGAGGCAUUGGUGUACAAGGACUACACGAUUCCUCCUGGUCACAUGGUCAGCCAAGUGAAUUACUUUGUGCUCAUGGAUCCUACUAUUUUUCCCGAUCCCGAGGUCUUUGAUCCUGAGAGGUGGACACGUGCUGCCGCCAAGGGGGAACGAUUGGAUAAAUUCCUGGUCAACUUCUCCAAGGGAAGCCGGAUCUGUCUUGGAAUGAACCUGGCAUACGCGGAGAUCUACCUCACAAUCGCAACCUUGGUCCGCCGCUUUGAAUUGGAGUUGUUCGAGACCACCAAGGAGAACAUUGCAUUUGCUCGUGAUUUCGGCACGCCUUAUCCCGACCAAGGAAACUAUUCUCUCCGUGUGCUUGUGAAGGGUCAAGUGAGCGAGUAG